UCGGCCUCGUUCGAUACAUAUACAAAAGAGAAAAGCUGACUCAUCUCUCGUUUGCAUCUCUCCCGUCUAAAGGGAUCCACCAACAACCCCUUCUUUCUUCUUCUCCUCCUCUCGACCCCCACGCCCACAGGCAACAACCCAGCGCUACCCCCCACCAUGUCCGCUACUGGCGUCCCAGGGGAUACCGUCAACCUCGGCGCACCCCUCACCGCCACCACCAUGGCCACUACCGGCGGCGACACCUCCCACGUCACCUCUGGCCCUCCCCCCUCCACCUCAGAGACCCCCACCCUCGACGACAAGCGAUCCUCAGGCGGCAACACCCUCGCCGGGGACGAGAUCGACGAAAAGGCCGCCGGCUCCUCCAACGGCAAGGCCAAGCGACUUACGUCCAACUCGAACGAGGAUGUCGUGGCCGAGCUUGAGCCCCACCACGUCUCUGUCUCGCGUGGUAAACACGACUUUGCAGCCCUUGAGCGCAAGUACUCGUCCAUCUCGCAACACUCAAACGAGCUCGCGCGACACACCACCCGACAGUCUCUCCGAUCCACCUUUUCGCGCAGCGAUCGGGUCACUUCCCGUCUUACGGCUGACGAGGCCGAGAAACAGAAGGAAGAAGAGGGCGAAUUCCAUCUCGCCGAUGUCCUUCGGUCCAACCGAGAGAACCAGGACGAGGCUGGUAUCAAGCGCAAAGCCGUCGGUGUUGUUUGGGACGACCUCGAAGUCAUUGGCGCCGGUGGUAUGAAGAUCAACAUUCGAAACUUUUCGUCCGCCAUAAUGGAGCAGUUCAUGAUGCCCGUCAUCAAGCUUCUCGGUGCCGUCGGCCACAACCCAUUCGCCCCCAAGCCCAAGACCAUCAUCCACCCCACUUCCGGUUUGCUCAAGCCAGGCGAGAUGUGUCUUGUGCUCGGUCGACCCGAAGCUGGUUGUACGACCUUUUUGAAGACUAUCACCAACCAGCGAGCGGGCUUUAUGGAGGUCAAGGGGGAUGUCGAGUAUGCUGGUGUGCCGUGGAAGGAGAUGAGGAAGCGAUACGGCGGUGAGGUUGUUUACAACCAAGAAGACGACGACCAUCUCCCCACUCUUACCGUCGCCCAGACCAUCCGCUUCGCCCUUGCCAUGAAGACUCCCCGCAAGAAGAUUCCUGGCGUCACCCCCGCCCAGUUCCAGGAAGACCUCCUCGACUUGCUCUUGUCCAUGCUCAACAUCAAACACACCGCCAACACCAUCGUUGGUAACGCCUACGUCCGAGGUGUCUCUGGUGGUGAACGUAAGCGAGUUUCCAUCGCCGAAAUGUUCUGCUCCGGCGCUGCCGUCUGCUCCUGGGAUAACUCUACCCGUGGUCUCGACGCCUCCACCGCUCUCGACUAUGCCAAGUCUCUCCGUCUUCUUACCGAUAUCAUGAACCAGACCACCUUUGUAUCUCUUUACCAAGCUGGUGAAGGUAUCUAUGAUCAGUUUGACAAGGUUUUGGUGUUGAACGAGGGGCAUGUGGCGUACUUUGGUCCCGCCAAGGAGGCCAGGCAGUACAUGAUUGGCCUCGGUUACCGAGACCUUCCCCGUCAAACCACCGCCGACUACCUCUCCGGCUGUACCGACGUCAACGAACGCCGUUUCGCCGACGGCCGCGACGCCUCAAACGUCCCCGCCACCCCCGAAGAGAUGGGUGCCGCCUACCGCGAAUCCGCCAUCUGCGCCCGUAUGACGCAGGAAAAGGAAGAGUACGCCGCUUUGAUCAAGAAGGAUGCCACUGCGCAAGAGGAUUUCAGGCAGGCGGUGAUGGAGCAGAAGCACAAGGGUGUGGGGAAGAAGAGCCCGUUCACGGUUUCGUUUGGGUCCCAGAUUUGGAUCUUGUUCAAGAGACAGAUCAGGCUCAAGUUCCAGGAUACUUUUGGUAUCUCUACCGGUUACGCUACUUCUAUUAUCAUCGCCCUCAUCGUCGGUUCUGUCUACUUCCGUCUUCCCGAGUCUGCCUCCGGCGCCUUCACGCGAGGUGGUCUGCUUUUCUUGGGUCUUUUGUUCAACGCUCUUACCUCUUUCUCUGAACUUCCUUCCCAGAUGUUGGGUCGAAGUGUCUUGUACAGGCAGAAUGAGUACCGGUUCUACAGGCCUGCUGCUUUUGCGGUAGCGUCAGUCAUGGCCGAUAUCCCCUAUAACGCUUCGCUCAUCUUCAUCUUCUCCCUCAUCCUCUACUUUAUGGGCGGUCUCUACUCGUCGGGCGGAGCAUUCUUCAUGUUCUUCUUGUUUAUCUUCCUUACGUUCAUGGUCAUGUCGUCAUUCUUCCGAACCCUCGGUGUGGCGACGUCCGACUAUAACGUAGCGGCUCGUCUGGCCUCUGUACUAAUCUCGUUCAUGGUCACGUACACUGGUUAUAUGAUUCCCGUGCAGGAGAUGAAGAGGUGGUUGUUCUGGAUCUUCUACUUGAACCCGUUGUCUUAUGGAUACGAAGCCAUCUUUGCCAACGAGUUUUCCAGGAUCACGCUGGUUUGUGAUGACAGUUAUACUAUCCCGAGGAAUAUUCCAUCUCUCGGCGUGACUGGUUAUCCCGAUACUCUGGGCCCCAACCAGAUGUGUUCCAUCGCUGGUAGUACUCCCGGUGACCCCAACGUCAGCGGCAGUGCCUACAUGGCUGCCGGUUAUGAAUACUACAAGGCUCACAUCUGGAGGAACUUUGGUAUCCUCUGCGGUUUCUUUGUGUUCUUCAUGUUCUUGCAGAUGUUCUUCAUUGAAUACCUCGAACAGGGUGCCAAGCACUUCUCCGUCAACGUCUACAAGAAGGAAGACAAGGACCUCAAGGCCAAGAACGAGCGUCUCGCCAACAGGCGUGAAGCCUUCCGUGCCGGUGAACUCGACCAAGACCUUUCCGAACUCAAGAUGCGCCCCGAACCCUUCACCUGGGAAGGCCUCAACUAUACCGUCCCCGUCCCCGGUGGUCACCGUCAAUUGUUGAACGACAUUUACGGCUAUGUCAAGCCGGGAACGUUGACGGCUUUGAUGGGUGCUUCUGGUGCGGGUAAGACGACGUUGCUGGAUGUGCUUGCUGCGAGGAAGAACAUUGGUGUGGUUGGGGGUGAUAUCUUGAUGAAUGGGCGACCUAUUGGCACUGACUUCCAGCGAGGAUGUGCCUAUGCUGAACAGCAGGAUACUCACGAGUGGACAACUACUGUGCGAGAAGCCUUGCAAUACUCUGCCUACCUCCGUCAACCCCAGCACGUCGCCAAGCAAGAAAAGGACGACUAUGUGGAGGAUAUCCUCGAGUUGCUCGAGUUGCAAGACUUGGCCGAUGCGAUGAUCGGUUUCCCCGGUUACGGUCUUUCUGUCGAAGCCCGAAAGCGAGUCACCAUCGGUGUCGAGCUCGCUGCCAAGCCCGAGCUUCUGUUGUUCUUGGACGAGCCCACUUCUGGUCUCGACGGUCAAAGCGCCUACAACAUUGUCCGAUUCCUCAAGAAACUCUGUGCCGCCGGCCAAAAGAUUCUCUGUACCAUCCACCAGCCCAACGCUCUCCUCUUCCAGUCCUUUGACCGACUGCUCUUGCUGCAGCGUGGUGGUGAAUGUGUCUACUUUGGCGAUAUCGGACCCGACUCGAGGGUGCUUAUCGACUAUCUCGAGCGAAACGGUGCGCCCGUGCCGAGCAAUGUCAACCCUGCCGAGUAUAUGCUUGAGGUUAUCGGUGCUGGGUCUAGGAAGAGGAUUGGAGGUGACUGGGGAGAAAAGUGGAGAAACUCGCCCGAGUUUUCGAAUGUCAAGCAGGAGAUUAUUGCGCUCAAGGAGCAGGCUUUGGCCCAGCCCGUCGAGGAGAAUGCCAAUGCGUCUGAAUAUGCUACUAGCUUCAUGUUCCAGCUCAAGAUUGUCUUGGAGAGGACCAACGCCGCUCUCUGGAGAAACGCCGACUACCAAUGGACUCGUCUCUUUGCGCACCUUGCCAUUGGUCUCGUUGUUACCCUCACUUUCCUCCAGCUCGACACUUCUCUCAAGUCUCUCCAGUACCGAGUCUUUGCCAUCUUCUUUGCUACCGUCUUGCCUGCGUUGAUUUUGGCUCAAAUCGAACCUCAGUACAUCAUGAGUAGGAUGACUUUCAACCGAGAGGCGAGCUCCAAGAUGUAUUCUUCUACUGUAUUCGCUUUGACUCAGUUGCUCGCUGAAAUGCCCUACUCUCUGAUAUGUUCCGUCUCCUUCUUCCUCUUGCUCUACUAUGGUGUUGGGUUCCCCUACGCUUCUUCCCGAGCCGGCUACUUCUUCCUGAUGAUCCUCGUCACCGAAGUCUACGCCGUCACCCUCGGUCAAGCCGUCGCCGCCCUCUCGCCCACUAUCCUCAUUGCUGCCCUCUUCAACCCCUUCCUCCUCGUUCUCUUCUCCCUCUUCUGUGGUGUCACCGCUCCUCCUCCUACGUUGCCUUACUUCUGGCGAAGCUGGAUGUGGCCCCUCGACCCCUUUACCCGUCUUAUCAGUGGUCUUGUUUCCACUGGUUUGCAGGGUGUGGAGGUUGUUUGCAAGGACGACGAGUACAACGUCUUCCCUGCUCCUUCGGGUCAGACCUGUUCCGAGUACGCAGGCGCCUACGCCACCGCCGUCGGCGGAUACCUCAACAACCCGGACUCUACCGGCGACUGUCAGUUCUGCCAGUACCGAACGGGUGAAGCCUUCUUUACGCCCCUCGAGAUCGAGUUUGGCACGAGGUGGAGAGACUUUGGUAUCUUUAUCUGUUAUGUCGUGUUCAACAUCCUUGUGCUGUUGGUCGCUGCCAGGUUCUUGAAGUGGCAGAGGAGAUAAGGAUGUUGUGAGACGUAGAGGAGGCGAUCUCUUAUAGAACAAGUGGGAUACCUAAACGUGUGGUGUCUAUAUAGUUUCAUUCCUAAUAAUCGUUUCAUAUGACCAUGAAUGAUGUUUUCGUC